GCAUCCAGUGGUACGGGUAUCCUUCAGAUUCUUAGAAUCGGAUAUCAGGGCGCGCUUAACGGCUACUCACUUGAGCUCUCCACUCUGCAAAUAGUCCCGGAAAAGCUUGUCGUAAGAAGAAUCCAACUGAGUAAUUUCUUCCAAAGAGAAAGAAGCCUCUGUCGGCUUCCCGAAAAAGUAAUGAGGCCACAAUUCACUUGGGCCCAGUCAGACGGUCGUCCAAAUUCGCCGCCAACGGCCUCUCUCCAGCCUCCUCGGGUGGAGGGAUAUGUCGGAUGUCUUCGUCGCAUCAUCCAGAAGGAAGAUGCCUGA